GAGGAUGAACUGAGGAUGCUAACGUGUGGCCUCCCUGCCUUCUGGAGAAUGGCCCCCGCGCGGCAGAGGCUUGGCUUUUAUGCCUCCCUUCUGAAAAGGCAGCUCACUGGCGGGCCUGUGGUCACUACGUGGGACACAAGAGUUCCACCGGGACAUGCCCGAGGCAUUUACAGUGCCACGGGAGAGUGGCCCAAAGAGUACAGCCUGCAGACAAGGAAGGACGUGGAGAAGUGGUGGCAGUGCCAGGUCAAAGAACAGGUCUGUGAGAGUCCUGAUACCGACGUCAUCAGUCCCAUGGGAUGGGAUGCGUUUGGAUUGCCAGCCGAAAAUGCAGCUAUUGAGAGGAACCUGCAUCCAGAAAGUUGGACGCAAAGUAACAUCAGACACAUGAGGAAGCAGCUUGAUCGCCUGGGCCUGUGUUUCAGCUGGGACCGGGAAAUAACGACAUGCUUGCCGGAUUACUACAAGUGGACUCAGUACCUGUUUAUUAAACUCUAUGAAGCUGGACUGGCCUAUCAGAAGGAGGCAUUAGUGAACUGGGACCCGGUGGAUCAAACAGUACUUGCCAACGAGCAGGUGGAUGAACAUGGCUGUUCGUGGCGUUCCGGAGCAAAGGUGGAGCAGAAGUACCUCAAACAGUGGUUUAUUAAGACGACGGCUUAUGCGAAGGCCAUGCAGGAUUCCUUGGCAGACCUCCCAGAGUGGUAUGGGAUAAAGGGAAUGCAGGCCCAUUGGAUCGGGGACUGUGUCGGCUGCCACCUGGACUUCGCGUUGAAGAGGGUGUCGGUGUCCCUGUUGACUGGCGCCCGCAGUGAUCUGCCUUCAUUUUCAGAUGGCCUCACGCCCCUGACGGCUGUGAACCUGCUCACCCAGCAGGAGGUCCCCGUGGUCAUCGUGGCCGAAGCAGACUUUGAGGGCUCUCUGGAUUCAAGAGUAGGAAUUCCCAGCACCAGCUCAGAAGACGCCGCCCUGGCCCAAACAUUAGGUCUGCCCUACACCGAGGUGGUUGAAACGUUGCCAGACGGCACCGAGAGACUAGUCAACUCUGCCGAGUUCACAGGCAUGACCCGGCAGGAUGCUUUUCAAAGCCUGACUCAGAAAGCGCGGAGGAAGGGCGUGGGUGGAGACGUGACCAGCGCCAAGCUGAAAGACUGGCUGAUCUCGCGGCAGCGGUACUGGGGCACGCCCAUCCCCAUCGUCCACUGCCCAGCCUGCGGCCCCAUGCCUGUGCCCCUGGAAGACUUGCCUGUGACCUUGCCCAGCAUCUCAGCCUUCACCGGCAAGGGAGGCUCCCCACUGGCCACAGCUGCCGAGUGGGUGCGCUGCACCUGCCCAAGGUGCAAGGGAGCUGCCCAGAGAGAGACCGACACCAUGGAUACCUUUGUUGACUCGGCGUGGUACUACUUCCGGUACACGGACCCCCGCAACACUCAGAGCCCCUUCAGUGCAGCCUUGGCAGAUUUCUGGAUGCCUGUGGAUUUGUACGUCGGAGGCAAAGAGCACGCUGUCAUGCACCUGUUCUAUGCAAGAUUCCUUAGUCAUUUUUGCCACGAUCAAAAGAUGGUCAAACACAGGGAGCCGUUCCGUCAGCUGCUGGCCCAGGGCCUCAUCAAGGGGCAGACCUUCCGCCUCCCUUCUGGGCAGUAUCUGCAACGAGAAGACGUCAACCUCACAGGUCCUGUUCCUGUGCACGCGGCGACCGGGGCGGCGCUGGAGGUGACGUGGGAGAAGAUGAGCAAGUCCAAGCACAACGGGGUGGACCCCGAGGACGUGGUGGAGCAGUAUGGAAUCGACACAGCCCGCCUCUACACCCUGUUCGCCGCCCCUCCCGAGAAGGACAUCCUGUGGGACGUGAAGACCGACGCGCUCCCCGGGGUGCUGAGGUGGCAGCAGCGCCUGUGGUCCCUGACGACCCGGUUUAUCGAGGCCCGGGCUCAGGAGAAGGCCCCCAGCCCCCAGCUGCUGAGCAACACGGAGAAGGCCGAGGCCAGGAAGCUCCGGGAGUACAAGAACUCGGUCAUCGCUCAGGUGACUGCCCAUUUCACAGAGGACUUCUCGCUGAACUCCGCCAUUUCCCAGCUGAUGGGCCUCAGCAGUGCGCUCUUGCAAGCGUCUCCACGGGUGGUCCUGCACAGCCCUGAGUUUGAGGAUGCUCUGUGUGCCCUGAUCGUGAUGGCCGCCCCGAUGGCCCCUCAUCUCGCCUCCGAGCUCUGGGCAGGGCUCCUGGAAGAUGCUGAGCUCCUUGAGCCUCGGGCCUCGGGCUUCAUCUCACCCCCUCGGGGAGCCAAGAGCGCUUGGAGGAGGCUUCCCCAAAAGCCUUUCUCUUUAACUUCCAUCGACUUGUUGAAGCUCCCAUGUGUGUGUGGAUGGUGUCCUGGGCCCAGCAGUGGGUACUGGGUAUUGGGUUGCCUGUACUCUACCUCGGCCUCAUUGUCGAAUCUUGCCUUUUCUCCCUCUCAGAUCAACAACAAAGCCUGUGGCAAAAUCCCCGUGCCCCAGAAAGUCGCCCGGGACCUGGACAAAGUGCACCAACUUGUUCUCCAGAGCGAGCUGGGAGCCCAGCUGCUGCAGGGACGCAGCGUUAAGAAGGCCUACCUCUCCCCCAGGACGGCCCUCAUCAACUUCCUGGUGCAGGAGUGACUGCCGGGAUGCUGCAGCCUCCACUCCCACCCCCCAGGGCCUCGAGGGACCACCUCUGGCCUGAGCUGCAGGGAAAGCAGCCCCACACCCUGCCCCCGGGCAGGGGAGACCGGUUAUGUGCAGAGGAGGAGUAUGGGUAGUAGAGGAGGGGUCUGCCCAUUCGGCCCCCACCCUUCAGGGUGGAAGAAGCCCGCUGCGCCUGCGUGCAUCCACCAGAGACGCUGCGGGGCAGGACCGAGCGCUCUGCCCCUCGUGCAGACUGGAAGCUCUGGGUUGCACAACUUGUGCUGCCUUCGGCACUCCCUGGGGACGUGAAGCCAAGCUGCGGAGCCAACUCUGGCUUGGCAAGCCCGCGGGCAGUGCCCGCUCUCAGCAUGACAGAAACGGGCCCGCCUUCAGGCUCAGGGCAGCCUCCUGGGCCUUGUUCACAUAACCAGGGCCUGCAGUCGACCAUGGAGUGGUUCCUGAAGGUGUUCUGAAUCGAAGGCAGCAGUGCCCAUCCUCCCCCAAGUCCCGCCCAGGCCCUCCACCCUGACCCCACCACGCCUCUUCCUUCUGGGUGCUGGGCGUGGCAUCUGGGACCGUGCUGGUGCACAGGCCCUCCAGGCAAAGCCUAGCUUGCUCAAGUGGAUGGUGAGCAACACUUCCUAUCCAAUCCCUCCCUCGGGUGUCACAU